AGACUUCGUAUAGACUCAGUGACGGCGAGUAAUACGGAGGAUGCUGCGAAUUUGAUCGCAAAGUACGUCUCUUCUGAACCGUACUCAGAUAGAGAGGAGGUAGUGGACUGUGAAGAUAGUGGCGUACAGCUGUACGUCUGUACCCAUGGAGAACGGGACUGUCGAUGUGGAGAAUGGGGUGGCGAGGUUGCAGACGAGCUGAACGCUGAGCUUAAGCGGAGACAGAGCAAUGAUCCUGAGGGAGUAUGGGGAAGAUAUUCGAUAGGAGAAGUGGGACAUGUCGGCGGGCAUAAGCAUGCGGCGAACUUACUUGUCUUUCCCUAUGGCGAUUGGUUUGGGGGCCUCCGAAAACAGCACGUUUCCUCUGUCCUAGACGCUGUCGCAGCACGGCCUUAUGCAGCUACGCACUGGGAUGCACCACCAGACCUUCCAGAAUUUUGGCGAGGGAGAAUGGGUUUAUCAAAAGAGGAA